UCUAACUGCGGAUUCACUUUCAGUAUCACGAAUAUCUCCGCUCAAGUUAAACGUAAAAUUUUGUUGGUCCAGUGAACAUGCCUCAAGUUCUCAGUGAAUUGCUUAGUGAUAAGGAUCGAGCAGUGCUUGAAUCCAUCUUCAAUCCUUUCCAAAUUGGUGGUGGUGCUGAAGAAGGUGUUAAUUGGAAUUUCGAUGAAGGUCUUCCAGAAGAAGUUCAAGAUCCAUAUGAAGAGCCAACAGCACAAGUUAAAGAAUCAAUUCGAAGGGAAGUGGAAGCGAUAAAAGUGGCAGAAGUUGGUGACUUUACAAAAGCUGUGGAACUUUUCACUAGUGCCAUAGAGGUGGCGCCAAUGAGACCUGCGCCUUGGAAUAACCGUGCACAAGCUUAUCGACUUCUCGACAAUGACCAAGCGGCUCUGGCUGACCUCGAGAUGGCCCUGCAGUUAUCCGGUGGCACAGGUCGUACGGGCUGUCGUGCCCUGUGCCAGCGUGGUCUCCUGCGCCGAAAGAUGGGUGAUGACGAUGCCGCUCGAGAUGACUUCAAAACCGCUACAAAUCUCGGAAGCAAAUUUGCUCGCGCUCAACUCAUUGAGAUGAAUCCGUAUGCGGCAUUGUGCAACCAAAUGCUGAAGGAUGCCUUCCAGAAGCUUUCCUGAAGUGGCCAAAGAAGGGAAGAUAAAGAAAGGGCAAGAAUAAAUCUCACUUAAUCACAUCUUAA